CUAACUCGCACAGUGCUUAAGGAGGAGAAUUAUCUGUGCUAUAGUAUCGCCAAAAAUAAAAACUCUUCAGCUGUAACAGACAGUCGCUCGACAGUCAUAAGGUGAAUCGCAGAUCGCGUUGUUGAGGGAACAGAUAGUGAUUUUAUGGUGCACUACGUCCAUAGACGUCUGGCUUUCUUGACGUCAGGAGAAGUCGGAGCGGACCCAGCGCUGCGCACAAGCACAGCAAGCACACUCGCUCCCAGAGGGAAGAAGAACGCAUCACAGCCACAGAUCGCCAUUUAGCUGUAGUGUGGCGUUUCCCAUCAGCAUUGUAGGAUGCCUCUUGGAGAGGAUGGAAAUGGAUGGAAAAAGAAGACAUCAGACAUCAAAGAACAUUACGACUUCAAAGAAGUGCUGGGAACGGGUGCUUUCUCCGAGGUGGUUCUAGCAGAGGAAAAGAGGACCCAGAGGCUCGUGGCCAUUAAGUGCAUUCCCAAGAAAGCAUUGGAAGGCAAAGAGAACAAUAUCGAAAAUGAGAUCGCAGUACUACACAGAAUCAAGCACCCCAAUAUUGUUUCACUGGAGGACAUCUUUGAAAGUACAUCCCACCUUUAUCUUGUCAUGCAGCUGGUGUCUGGAGGUGAGCUUUUUGACAGAAUUGUGGAGAAAGGUUUCUACACGGAGAGAGAUGCCAGCCAGCUCAUCCAUCAAAUCUUGGAUGCAGUCAAAUACCUCCAUGAUAUGGGGAUAGUCCACAGAGACUUGAAGCCGGAGAAUUUGCUGUAUUACAGUAUGGAUGAAGACUCGAAGAUUAUGAUCAGUGACUUUGGACUGUCAAAAAUUGAGGGGGCGGGCAGCGUCAUGUCCACAGCCUGUGGUACUCCUGGAUAUGUGGCUCCUGAGGUGCUCGCUCAGAAGCCAUACAGUAAAGCAGUGGAUUGCUGGUCCAUAGGAGUAAUUUCUUAUAUUCUCUUAUGUGGCUAUCCUCCGUUUUACGAUGAGAAUGACGCCAAGUUGUUUGAGCAGAUUCUGAAAGCAGAAUAUGAAUUUGACUCUCCAUACUGGGAUGACAUCUCAGAUUCAGCCAAAGACUUCAUCUGUCACCUGAUGGAAAAAGACCCUUUGAAAAGAUACACAUGUGAGCAGGCGCUCCAGCAUCCAUGGAUAUGUGGUGACACAGCUCUGGAUAAGAAUAUCCACGAAUCUGUCAGCGCACAAAUCAAGAAGAACUUUGCCAAAAGUAAAUGGAAGCAAGCAUUUAAUGCCACAGCGGUGGUGCGCCACAUGCGGAAGUUGCAGCUGGGCACUAGUCUCGAGGGACCCAGUCAGAUUACUCCCACCAGCCCCUGCCAUGGACAUCUGCUCCCAGAGGAAGAGGAGGAGGAGGAUGACGAUUUGGGGAAUGGCGAGGAGGAGAGCUUGUCUAACUACGAGGAUGGCCGUCGUGGAAGCAAUGAGGGCAGUACGGAUCGGGACAGCCUGAGAAGCUGCACCUACUGCUGCAGGCCAACUAGUCGGAUCUGAGCACAACCUAAUAGUGUUGUCAUGUCACAUCGAAUCCCUGGAGCGCCCAGAGCCCGCUGACCCGCCCAGUCUGGCCAGGAAUGCAGAGCAGCUAUCAGGCACGGUCCACCAGAGUACAUCCACAGCCAGCAGGUCACUGUUACAGUGCAGACAAAACAUACAUUUCCUUUACCCAGGGAAAAAAAAGAAAAAGAAAAGAUAAAUAAUAAUUUUUAAAAAAGAAAAAACUUCAUGAGUGAAGAUUCACAAGUUUUAACUGCAUUGCAUUAAUGGUAAACAAAGCUGCUUCAAGUAGGCAUGGCUCUUUUAAAGGAUCUUGCAAUAUGGUGGUCCAGAAACCCUCCGCCAAUACUCCUCCACCACCACCACCAUUAAAGCACGCUGUUGAAAAAAUCUAGGUGAAUAUUGCCAUUGACAUUUUGCUAGUACUAUAAGUGGUUGGCUUCAGGAAGGGCCUCGAGUUUUAAUCUGUGAUGAGAUAAAGGUAUUCUCUUUGAUUACUUAUCUCUUAUAUUAUCUGUCAUCUGCAGUACCUCUAAUCGCAGUUACAAUGGGCGUCCAUCUGGACCACAUGCUAGACAUUUCUCGCAGCCUUCUCCAAAAAUCUGGCCAGACAGGGGGGAAAAAAAGCUAAUGAAAAGAGUACUGAAAGCUCCUUCUGCAUGUCUUUAUAUUCUUCACCCAUCAAUAUGACUCAGUCUAGUCAUCGACCAAGUAGCUGUUUAGUUAAAUCUCAAGCUGUGUCUUCACUGCUGAUUUCACCUGCCUAUCUAUUUCUGUUUGGUUAACCCUUUUGUCCCCUCAUAUUGUCACUAUUUAGUGUUUCUGUCUUUAAAAAAAAAGUAUUCACUUCUUUUGUUUAAAGCCUAUUUGCAAAGGAGAUAAUUGAAAGUGAAGGGUGAUUCUGGGGUUAUGGACUCUAUAUUCUGGCUCAGACUGGGUUUGUGAAGGGUCAUUCUGACCUGAAGUGUCUGCAUGCUUUUUGUUAGGGAAAACACUGAAAUGUACGAAUAUCAAAAGGAGACUUCUUUGUUUUUUUUUCUUUGUUUGUUUGUUUGUUUUAUGGCUGUUCUGUUAUCUGAGGCUCAAACUGAGAUCCCCAAAAGUCUGAAAAUCACAGUAAUCUCACCUUCCUCCAUUGGCGCUCGUCAUGUUAGAAAAAGCAUACAGAGAAUCCACAACAAGUGGGAAGAAAACAAACAAAACCAUAUCAUGUUCAUCCUCCCUGUUCUGUUUCUGACAAAGUGUCUAAAUGUCCGCCGGCUGUCAGUCUCGAGGUCUGGCUCCUGUUGAGUCAGAGGGAUCUCAGUCUGCGCGCUCCGCCUGCUUUGUGCUGUGCACCUCUAGUGGAAGAAGUUUUGGUCUACUGUUUGCAUGACCUGGUUCAAUAUGUUUACAUGAAUGAUGAUCAAUUAGUAUAAACACACAUGAUUAUUAUUACUCUGUUGUACUGAAAAAAAAAAAGAUGUAAUACUGUAAUUUUGAGAUAUAUAAUGUGAAGUGAGUAACACCAGAAGUAAUGUUGUUAACAGAAUACAACACAGCACAGUGGACUUAUCAUUUGCAUUGACUGUGAUGGUCAAGUCUCUACCUGAGUGACAAUUCUCCUGUACUAUGUUUAUUUCCAUCUGGAAUCUCUUUUAAUCGUUCUGGGUUUUUUUGCUUUUAUUACUUAUGUUGAAUCUCUUCAACAAAUCAUUACUAGCUGAUAUCUAGACAGUGAUGGAAAAAACCCCCCACAUCAGUGCCACUGUGUGCAUCACCUGUCUGCCAGUGUACAAGCUUUGUUCCUCCAGAGCAAAAGGCCCAAAGUACUAAAGCCAUACAGGGAAAUUGGAAUGCUUUACUAAAGAUACAGAUCAAGCAUGUCAUCAUUUUUUAAAUGUAUGACUCAGGUGAAGGACGGCCUUCGAGAGAUUUAAAACAGAAAAGGAGUGUGACAAAGCAUUUUCCCUCCAACAGCUUGCUAGAAUUACUUAAAUCCUGACACUUGUUGUGUUGUGUUACAUUAGUACGCAAACAGUCCACUUUAGUUGAAUUUAAACCUGUUUAUUUCCCCCACUCAUAUUAUUAUUUUCCUUCAUUUUGUUAUUGAUACAUAUAGUACAGUAAAAGAAGGCUAUCACUCUGGAUUUACAUGACUGUAAUUGUGGAAAAUAUGCAAACUGUGUUUGAAGGGCUUAAUGUUAACUGUAAGAUAGCCAGUGUUGAUGACUUUGAGAAACUGGCUAUUAUAUGUUUGGUAAUGACCUUCUGUUCAACCUUUCCUGGGAUUUGUUUCCACUUGGCUGUGUUUUUUUAAAGCUUAUAUUACCCAUUACAAACACAUCUAAAUUCAUAAAGAAACACAUGUAUAUUAUAUAUAUAAAUAUAAAUAUAAGUAUAUAUUGUAUAUCCUUUUUUGUAAAAGCUGUUUUGAGCUACAAAUGUAUGGAUGCAAUGCAUCAUGGGUUAUUGAACAAGAUGUAAGAAAAUAAGAUUUGUACCCACAGAGAUAUGAUUGCUGAAACUGAAA